AUGCAGGGAUCACCUACAUACCCUCAGCCCGCAGGAUCCAGCUUUAUUAAGGGAUCACUUACAUGCACUCACCCCACAGGAUCCAGCUGUAUGCAGGGAUCACCCACAUGCCCUCACCCCACAGGAUCCAGCUGUAUGCAGGGAUCACCUACAUGCCCUCACCCCACAGGAUCCAGCUCUAUAAAGGGACCACUUACAUGCCCUCACCCCGCAGGAUCCUGCUCUAUGCAGGGAUCACCUACAUGCCCUCACCCCACAGGAACCAGCUCUAUAAAGGGAUCACCUACAUGCCCUCACCCCACAGGAUCCAGCUCUAUGCAGGGAUCACUUACAUGCCCUCACCUCACAGGAUCCAGCUCUUUGCAGGGAUCAGCUAUAUGCCCUCACCCCACAGGAUCCAGCUCUAUAAAGGCAUCACUUACAUGCCCUCACCCCACAGUGUCCAGCUCUAUGCACGGAUCACCUACAUGCCCUCACACCACAGGAUCCAGCUCUAUGCAGGGAUCACCUACAUGCCCUCACCCCACAGGAUCCAGCACUAAAAAGGGAUCACUUACAUGCCCUCACCCCACAGGAUCCAGCUAUAUACAGGGAUCACCUACAUGCCCUCACCCCACAGGAUCCAGCUCUAUAAAGGGAUCACUUGCAUGCCCUCACCCCACAGGAUCCAGCUCUAUGCAGGGAUCACCUACUUGCCCUCACCCCAAAGGAUCCAGCUCUAUGCAGGGAUCACCUACAUGCACUCUCCCCACAGGAUCCAGCUCUAUAAAGGGAUCACUUACAUGCCCCCACCCCACAGGAAGCAGCUCUAUACAGGGAUCACCUACAUGUCCUUACCCCACAGGAUCCAGCUCUAUAAAGGGACCACCUACAUGCCCUCACCCCACAGGAUCCAGCUCUAUAAAGGGAUCACUUACAUGCCCUCACCCCACACGAUCCAGCUCCAUGCAGGGAUCACCCACAUGCCCUCACCCCACAGGAUCCAGCUCUAUAAAGGGAUCACUUACAUGCCCUCACCCCACAGGAUCCAGCUCUAUGCAGGGAUCACCUACAUGCAUUCACCCCACAGGAUCCAGCUCUGUGCAGGGAUCACCUACAUGCCCUCACCCCACAGGAUCCAGCAUUAUACAGGGAUCACCUACAUGCCCACACCCCACAGGAUCCAGCUCUAUAAAUGGAUCACUUGCAUGCCCUCACCCCACAGGAUACAGCUCUAUGCAGGGAUCACCUACAUGCCCUCACCCCACAGGAUCCAGCUCUAUGCAGGGAUCACCUACAUGCCCUCACCCCACAGGAUCCAGCUCUAUAAAGGGAUCACUUACAUGUCCUCACCCCACAGGAUCCAACUCUAUACAGGGAUCACCUACAUGUCCUCACCCCACAGGAUCCAGCUCUAUAAAGGGAGCACCUACAUGCCCUCACCCCACAGGAUCAAGCUCUAUAAUGGGAUCACUUACAUGCCCUCACCCCACACGAUCCAGCUCUAUGCAGGGAUCACCCACAUGCCCUCACCCCACAGGAACCAGCUCUAUAAAGGGAUCACUUACAUGCCCUCACCCCACAGGAUCCAGCUCUAUGCAGGGAUCACCUACAUGCCCUCACCCCACAGGAUCCAGCUCUAUAAAGGGAUCACUUACAUGCCCUCACCCCACAGGAUCCAGCUCUAUGCAGGGAUCACCUACAUGCCAUCACCCCACAGGAUCCAGCUUUAUUAAGGGAUCACUUACAUGCACUCACCCCACAGGAUCCAGCUGUAUGCAGGGAUCACCAACAUGCCCUCACCCCCCAGGAUCCAGCUCUAUGCAGGGAUCACCUACAUGCCCUCACCCCACAGUUUCCAGCUCUAUGCAGGGAUCACCUACAUACCCUCACCCCACAGGAUCCAGCUCUAUAAAGGGAUCACUUACACGCCCUCACCCCACACGAUCCAGCUCUAUACAGGGACCACCUACAUGCCCUCACCCCACAGGAUCCAGCUCUAUGCAGGGAUCACGUACAUGCCCUCACCCCACAGGAUCCAGCUCUAUGCAGGGAUCACCUACAUGCCCUCACCCCACAGGAUCCUGA